CCAGACGUACGCAGUCGUGUGGAUUGAACCGUACACGCAGUCCGGCUCGGUUGAUCGCCUCUCUCACCAACUCCGGCAGGCACACGAUCAUCAUCGUCGCAUAACACAAUAUAUAUGAUAUUAUACCUAACCGUGUGUGCGAGUGUGUGAAUGCGUGUAAUAAUAUAUUAUAUUAACACCGUUUGUGCGAGGUCGAAUUUCCAAAAGAAUUGUUUAAAAAAUCUCAAUUAUCAACCGCGGGUCUAAUCGUUUUUACCGCGCUUAAACUCUGCGAUUGUACGGGUUCGUUUUAAAAAUAUCGCCGUCGUCGGACCGAUAAAAUAUAUUUAUAACAAUAAUUUAAUAAAAUAUAAUAAAACCAUAUUACAUUAUUAUAUAUAUAAGUACAUGGACGGAGUACAUUGUCGUCGGCGGUAUUAACGCGGUAAUAUUGUUUUAUGUACGGCGGCGGCUCGUUACGGUAUCCGGACUUGUAACCGGUCGCGGUAACGCGAUAACGACGCAGCGAACGCGCUCGAGGGUCGACGCAUCAAUCCGUCGGACCGUUUAAUAUUGGUCAAGUGUAGGCGCAGUACUCGUCGAGAUUCCCUCGAGUAGCUUUCUUCUCCCUUGUUUUUUUUUCUUCUUCACUUUUUCACCCGUUACAUCCGCCGUUUAUGCCAGUUCGGUAUUGUUCGCCAUUUCGGCAUCACAUGAACGUCCACGACGCCAAUCAAAAUGUGUUGGGUCUUUACGGAGAAGGGACGUGGGGGUCCGUCAAGACGUUGCUUGGAGCUGGUGUGGGGGGGCUCGGGCCUUUCCCUUGCAGAGAGAACGAGCCGUUCUGGAAAAUGCCACAUAAAGAUGACUCGGACCACUGUAACAUGACGGCGGCGGCCGCUGCGAUGGUGCAGAGCUCGGCUGCUCUGUUCGGUUGUUCGGCGGCCGGUCACAGCGGUAUCAACCAGUUGGGAGGCGUUUACGUCAACGGCAGACCAUUACCGGACUCGACCAGACAAAGAAUUGUCGAACUUGCGCACUCGGGUGCCCGGCCGUGUGACAUAUCUCGCAUACUGCAAGUCUCCAACGGAUGUGUGUCGAAAAUCCUAGGCCGGUAUUAUGAAACCGGUUCGAUCAAACCGCGUGCCAUUGGCGGCUCAAAGCCUCGGGUGGCCACCAAUGGCGUAGUGAACAAGAUUGCCGACUACAAGCGUGAAUGUCCGUCCAUCUUCGCGUGGGAGAUCAGGGACCGGUUGCUGUCCGAAGGGGUGUGCAGCAACGAUAACAUACCAAGCGUGUCGUCCAUCAACCGGGUGUUGAGAAACUUGGCGGCGCAAAAGGAACACCAGGCCACGUCGGCACACCAGUCCGGCAUCGGCGGCGGUGCCAGCGGUGCCGGCGGCACGGCCGAAUCGGUUUACGACAAAUUGCGCAUGUUCAACGGCCAGACCGGAUGGCCGUGGUACGCGGCACCGCCUCCGCCCGGUCACGGCGCGCACGGCGGCGCGCCGUCGCCGCAUCAUCCAGCUUUAGUCGGGUCCACCGGUCACCAUCCCGGUAACCCGUCCGGCACGACGGCGGCCGCGUCUCUGGCCGCCACCGCGGCGUCCCUCACCGUGUCCCGGGAUGACAUUCAGCGGAGAGCUGCUGAACUGGCGCCUGAAAGUACGUCAGACGGCAAUUCCGAGCACAACUCUUCGGCGGAUGACGAUUCGCAAUUAAGACUUAGACUGAAAAGAAAAUUACAAAGAAACAGAACGAGUUUCACCAACGAUCAAAUAGACAGUUUAGAAAAAGAAUUCGAGAGAACACAUUAUCCCGACGUUUUUGCCAGAGAGAGGCUGGCCGACAAUAUAUCUCUACCGGAAGCUAGAAUACAGGUUUGGUUUAGCAACAGGCGAGCGAAAUGGAGGCGCGAGGAAAAGCUAAGGAAUCAGCGCAGGGGAGGCAGCUUAGACCAGCAAAAUGGCGGCACACCGGCCGCACUGUCUUCGUCGUCCGCCUCGGUCAGUCCACCGGCUGUGUCGUCCUCCAAUCCUGUCGGAGGAGGUGUUGGUGGAGGUGGUAGUGGAGGUCCGGUUGCGGCACCUGGAGGUCAUAAUAACCGGCUGUCGUCCAUUCAGGCCGCCGGUUUCAAUCACAUGUAUCAAUCCAUUUCUCAGCCGAUAGCCACUAUGCCUACCGAUAACUACGGUUCCAUGUCCAGCAUGGUGACGAGCGGACACCACCAUCACCAUCACCAUCAUCACCCGGCCAGCUCUUACCCGUACAUGUUCCAUCACCCUCCACCGGAUUCGCUGUACAACCAUCCAGUGUCUUCGACUCCUAGGGUACCGUGUCAGCCGGCACCCGCUCAUUCUGUCAACGCCAACACGCACCCCGCGGCUUACCCAACGUCCACACAUCACGCGUCCAACACAUCCCCUGGAGCUACAGGCACAGGAGUCAUUUCUGCCGGAGUAUCAGUGCCGGUGCAAAUACCGUUGAGCCAAGCACCGGAGCACACUUAUUGGUCUAGAUUGCAGUAAAUCCGGAAGUGACGACCAUGGCAUAGGUGAGCCACCGUUAAUAGCAUAGUGCGUGCACAAUUUUAUUUUCUAU